GUAUUUCAAUGUUGGUAGCACUGUCGUUCGCCAUGGUGUUUCAUCCGCAACAUCCGUUUCGCUCUUUUUGCUGUAGAAUAAAAAUCUGACAAGAUGGGUCGUAUGCACGCUCCAGGAAAGGGUAUUUCCCAAUCAGCUUUGCCCUACAGAAGAACCGUUCCCUCCUGGUUGAAACUCAACGCUGAGGAUGUUAAGGAACAAAUCAAGAAAUUGGGCAAAAAGGGUUUGACCCCCUCCAAAAUCGGUAUCAUCCUUCGUGAUUCCCAUGGUGUUGCUCAAGUACGUUUCGUUAACGGCAACAAGAUUUUGCGUAUCAUGAAAUCUGUUGGUCUUAAACCCGACAUCCCAGAGGAUUUGUACCAUAUGAUCAAGAAGGCUGUUGCCAUCCGCAAGCAUUUGGAACGUAACCGCAAGGAUAAGGACGGUAAAUUCCGCCUUAUUUUGGUUGAAUCCCGUAUCCACAGAUUGGCCCGCUACUACAAGACCAAGAGUGUCCUCCCACCCAACUGGAAAUACGAAUCUAGCACAGCUUCCGCUUUGGUUGCCUAAGUUGCUCGAUUUGUUUUAGAAUGGACUACUAAGUGUUUUUUAAGUUUUAUUAUAUUUUACAAAUAUAAAACGUGAAUUAAUAAAAAAACUGAUGUAAGUUUUUUAAAACGUAAAAAUCUA